AUUUCCUUCUCUGGAACAAAAAAGCUCUAAAAGGCGUACAACCAAACAAGACAGAAGAAUGCAGUACGAUCCGCCGCUUCAAGAACACGAACUCCAAUCAUUCCGCAAACUCUUCGCAGUCGAGUCAGUGUUCAUGGCUUCUGAAGGCUACUUCCAGAACAGGAACAUUGCAAAUUUCCGUCAGUUUGCUGUGUCUUUCAUCGAAGAGAUCUCGAAGUGUGAGAAUUUUGAUGCUUUUGUGCCUUACCUUGCGCUGAACUACUUCGAUCGCUUCAUUUCAAGGCAUGAAUUGCCGAGAGUUGUCACUUCAACUGAUGAGGAAAAUGCGAUACUUCUCGUGAUAUCUUGCCUUACAAUUGCUUGGAAGAUGAGGAUUAAGUCCUUCAACGCUGAUCUAUUUAUGACAGCAAGAAAAUUGCGUUUGGAUAGGAUUUCCUUCAGAAAAAUGGAGUUUCACAUACUCAAUGCAUUGCAAUGGCGAAUGCUAUCACUGACUCCGAUAUGCUUUGCAAAAUACUUCAUGUCACUGCUGAACCUGACGCCGUGGAAUCUAGCGCCCAAUCAGCGAUCUGUUUAUGAGAUUAUCAUCAGAGGUCAAGCAGAGAUCGAAUUUACUCAGUUCAAGCCAUCAAUAAUAGCGGCAUCUGCGGUUCUAACUACUUCAUUGAAGCUGUUUCCAUCACGAUUUGAAGAGCUCAAAGUGACCGUUUCAUCUAGCGAAUUUGUAAGCCAGGAGGAGCUACUGCAAUGCAUGAAUCUGAUGGAGAUGAAGUGCAAAACUGCAUCAAGCGCAUUGCUACUACCGGCUCAGCAACCUGGAGCCGGGUCUUCAGUCCAAUCACAGGAGGAAAACAUACAUCGAGUGGGCAAAAAGACUGUGGGAGAAAUCGAAGAGGUGCCAGCAGUUGCAGCAAGUAGUGACAAUCUUUUCCACGGUCCUCUCAUGAAUUUCGAACUGCAGUGGACCGACCCUCAGCAACCACGGCCCAAGCUAACCUCGGAGUCCAUUUUUCCAGGCCGAGAUCUUUCCGAUGACAGUUGCCUUCGUUCCUCUCGGUUUGGGGGAUUUUUUAAGUGCUGCCCCAUCCUGGACUGGUUGGCCUAGUCAAAACCCCUAGUGGUCAAAACCAAUGAGAAGGUAAAACACUCAAGACCACGCUGACCUCCUUCCAAUAUUGUGUAAUAGCGCUGCGUAAUACAGUGAUACAAUAAAACUACUUCCAGU